AAUAACUGUAAAUUGAAGAUAUUCGAAUAUGUAGAGAGCAGAAUGGCAUUUAUCGCGCCGAACCUAUCAAUAAUUGUCGGUGCGUCAACAGCUGCCAAGAUUAUGGGUGUCGCGGGUGGUCUGACGAAACUCUCUAAGAUGCCAGCUUGCAAUCUGCUGGUCCUCGGAUCUCAGAAAACCACGCUCUCUGGAUUUUCGCAAGUUACCACCUUGCCGCAUACAGGAUUUAUCUAUUAUUCCGAAAUUGUACAAGAAACUCCUCCUGAUCUACGGAGGAAAGCGGCAAGGCUGGUGUCAUCAAAGAGCAUGCUGGCAGCUAGAGUAGACGCCUGCCACGAGAGCACGGACGGUCACAUUGGCCAAAUGCUGCGCGAAGAGAUCGAGAAGAAGUUGGAUAAGCUGCAAGAGCCGCCACCCGUGAAGUUUGUGAAACCGCUGCCAAAACCAAUCGAUCCUGGUCGAAAGAAGCGCGGUGGUAAACGCGUGCGCAAGAUGAAGGAACGCUACGCGAUCACGGAGUUCAGAAAGCACGCAAAUAGGAUGAACUUCGCAGACAUUGAGAGUGAUGCCUAUCAAGAAGAUCUUGGCUACUCGCGAGGGACUAUUGGUAAGGCUGGCACAGGUAGAAUUAGGUUGCCACAAAUUGACGAGAAGACGAAAGUCAGGAUAUCCAAGGCACUGCAGAAGAAUCUGCAGAAGCAACAGCAAUGGGGAGGCAGCACCACUGUCAAAAAACAAGUCUCCGGUACUGCUUCCAGCGUGGCUUUCACUCCUUUACAAGGUCUUGAAAUCGUCAAUCCACAGGCUGCGGAGAAGAAGGUCAACGAGGCAAAUGCGAAAUACUUUUCCAAUACAGCUGGUUUUCUAAAGGUCAAGAAAACGUAAAUGUAUGUUGCAUUAAAGAUCGAUAUCCUUGAAAAAUCA